AUGUCCGGCCGAUUGAGGCACAGGCUCGGCGUGCAAGACCAGUUGCCGGCCUUUUAUGGGGUAAAUGGCGUAAAUCCCUGCGAACAAUGUCUUCCGACGACAUUAACUGGCCACAGCAUCUCAAGUGAGAUCGGAUGGCAGACGGCCGACUUUCGCUUCAAUUCUCAUGAACCGCGGGUCAGCUGUCAAAUCGAGACCUGCGCUGUGAUGCACGCACUAGCUUUUGGCUGGAAGAUGACGCCUGCUGAUUGCCUGACUGACUUUGUCGGAAGGGCACGCCUGAAUCAAGCGAUCGGAGACGUGCUCUAG